CUAAGAUAAACUUCUUCAACGGUCUUAGGCUAUAUAUCAUCUAGCUUCUGAACUGCAAGUGAUCGAUGGCUCGUACGAAGCAAACCGCUCUCAAGUCCACUGGUGGAAAGGCUCCUAGAAAGGAACUGGCUCGCAAGGCUGCUAUGAAAAGUGCCCCGACCACUGGAGGAGUGAAGAAGCCUCAUCGUUAUCGUCCUGGAACCGUUGCACUCCGUGAGAUUCGCAAGUAUCAAAAGACAACUGAACUCCUAAUCCGCAAAGCGCCAUUCCAGAGGCUUGUGCGCGAAAUUGCUCAGGCUCUCAUGAGUGACUUGAGGUUCCAGAGCCAUGCUGUGUUGGCACUUCAGGAGGCAGCGGAAGCUUACCUAGUGGGUCUGUUUGAGGAUACCAACUUGUGUGCCAUUCAUGCCAAGAGAGUCACUAUCAUGGUCAAAGACAUCCAGUUGGCCCUUCGGAUCCGUACUUGAUUCAAAUCUUAAUUAAUAAUCAGCUCUAUAGAUGCACAAACUUUUCUUUCUUUCUUUUUGUGAUUGUGUUGGAAGUUCUUUU